AUGAAUUUAGUUUCAUUAAACAUCAGAGGGAGUGGGAACAGGGCAAAGAGGCAGGAGAUUAGAAAACUUCUCGAACAGGAAAAAAUUGACCUAUGUCUCAUUCAGGAAACCAAACAGUCUCAUAUUUCUGAAGAGUAUGUUCAUUCAAUAUGGGGUAGGAGCUUUCAUGGUACGGGUUAUGUAGGAAUUCAGAUAACAUGGCAAAAUCUGCUGUUAUAUAUUGUGUGUAUCUAUUCAUCUUGUUUCUUAGAAGAAAAGAGGCAUCUUUGGGCGGAGAUUUUACGGCGGAAGUCGAGUUUUUCGGAGGGAUUAUGGUGUUUGGGAGGCGAUUUUAAUGCAGUAAAAAAGACAAAUGAGAUGAAGGGAAGAACAGGCAGUGGUAAUCUCUCAGAAAUGGCAGAAUUUGGAGCUUUUAUUGAAGAAAUGGAGCUGAUUGACCUUCCUGCAACAGGGAGAAAAUUCACUUGGUUUAAUGCAGCAGGCUCCUCAAUGAGCAGACUUGACCGUUUUUUACUAUCUGAAGGAUUAAUAGGUGCUUGGGACCUGAAGGUACAGAAGGUGGGGGAUAGAUCUUUCUCUGAUCAUUGUCCAGUGUUUCUCAAAGCAAAUAACAGGAACUGGGGGCCAAUACCUUUCAAGUUCUUUAAUCCUUGGCUAAAGCAUGAAGAACUUAUCCCUUUUGUCGAUUCGGUUUGGAAUUCUCUGAACAUUAGUUGA